CCACUCUUCGGUCCCAGACUCCCAGUUCCAUCCCCAUUUGCUGCAUUCGAAAUUCCCCAUCCCAGAUGCCCAGCACUCUCCGCCUAACCAAUCUCCACAUAUGAGGAAGAAGAAGGCGGCGGCGGCGCCGGCGCCUGUACCCGCGGCUGCCAAGACGAAAUCGGCGGCAGCGGUGCCCGCGGCUGCUAAGAAGAAGCCCCUGGCGGCCAAGAAGAAAGCGGCAGCGGCCGUACCCGCGGCCAAGAAGAAGGCGGCGGCGGCGGCCAAGAAGCGCGCAUCCGGUGGAACGGCCGGGUGCAGGCCACGGAAACGGGCACGGGAUGACAACGGCGACGGCGAUCUCAUCAGCAACCUUCCGGACGCCGUCCUCUGCACCAUCAUCUCCCUCCUCCCCACCAAGGACGGCGCUCGCACGCAGGCCAUCGCCCGCCGAUGGCGCCCCCUCUGGCGCUCCGCGCCUCUCAACCUCGACGCCAAGAACCUCAGCACCAAUGAUUUCAAGCAGCCGCGCCGCCGCCAAGGGCGUCGACCGUCGACGGAAUCCAUCAUCUCCAGGAUCCUCGCCGACCAUCCUGGCCCUGCCCGUCGCUUCGACAUCCGAUUACCCUGCAUCUCCCCAACAAAAAGAGAGUACGCCAAGAGUGUUGCUCAGAUCGCGAGCUGGUUCCAGUCUCGGAGCCUCGACAACCUUGAGGAGCUCCAUAUCCACUUCCCAAUCUUGCGACUAGUAGGUCCGAACCCCCUGCUCUCAUCUGUGCUCCGCUUCACAUCAACUCUUGUCGUGGCCACUGUUGGCUACUGCGAUGUCUCAGAUGAGAUCGCUCCUUCAUUGAAUUUCCCCAUCCUCAAGCAUCUCACUCUGCGUUACGUUAACAUCUCCGUGGGUUCAUUCCAUGGUGUUCUUUCCGCCUGCCAUGUGUUGGAGACCCUAUCUCUGGAUGGAAAUUCUUAUAAUGGCUCCCUCCACAUUAGCUCGCGAACUCUUAGGAGCAUCUGCUUCAGUAAUUGUCAUAUGGGUAAAAGCGAAUUGGUUAUUGAGGACACCCCUCACCUUGAAAGGCUGCUUUGUCCAUGGUUGGACGGCGAGGCUAUCCGGGUAAGCAGGGCACCUAAACUGGACAUAUUGGGCCCUUUGUCACCUUGCAUCUCCAAUAUUCAGAUUGCAAACCUAGUCUUUCAGGGGUUGGUUCCAACCAGCUUCAACAAUUUGAUAUGCACAGUGAAGGUUCUGGCUCUCGAGUUUUCUUGCGCUGAUUUGAAUGCGGUUCUUGACGUCCUCAGGUUCUUCCCCUGCUUGGAAAAGCUUUAUGUUAUGUGGAACAAAUACUUAAACACAGAGAUGAACAAUGUGCGUCAUUAUGACCCACAAGAUCCAAUCAAAUGCCUUGAGACCCAUCUCAAAACACUAGUCUUGAAGAAUUACAAAGGCGACAAGCAAGAUGUUAGCUUUGCCAAGUUCUUUGUUCUGAAUGGGAAAGUGCUAAAUGAGAUCAAAUUUGGCGUGAGUGAGAAGUUCAACGAGAAAUGGGUGGCUGAUCAACACAGGCUGCUAGGAGUGGAAAGUGAAGCUUCUCCAGACCUUGAGUUUAAACAUUGUUCAUACUAUUUUCGCCAUUCAGAUACCCAUGACUUGUCAAUUGCCGAUCCCUUCAACAACUCUUUUCUAGCUGAAGAUGAUGCCCUUCCAGUGAUAUCAUGUUCUUCCAGUUCUGACGAGGAUAGCACCUGAAGACCGUGUUGUCUUUUGCUCGUUUUUAUGGUGCCGAUGCCUGAAUAUUAUGUUGCUUCAGUUCAAUGCUUGUUCUCUGUUUGUAGUUUGAUGUUCCUUUGUAAUUCCCAGGAUGGUAUGUCAUGGAACUAGUUCACUCUCAAAAGUUGUAACUGUGAGCUAGUAAACUCAGGAUCAAACUCCUCUCUUAACAUGUCUUUUGUCUGAGAAAGGACUACUCAGGUUUCUCCGUUUC